GCCGCUUAAAAACGUCGUAGAAAUGUGUAAAACGUAUGAGGCUGCAUCAAAACACAAGCAGCUAAUUCAGACCAACGAUGUACAUCACCUCAAUAGUGUAGAAAAAGAUGCUGGAAAUUGGAAAAUAGACACAAUUCAGCGUAGUGAACUUCAUAAGGCAAGCUGCUAUAACUGUGGACAACCUUUUAACGGGAGUCAUCGUCGUUAUUGUCCUGCAAAGAAUGUGACCUGUAACAAUUGCGGAAAGCGGGGACAUUUCAUGAAAUUCUGCAAAGCUCCGAAGAUCAACAGUGACAUCUCACGAGAACCGGUACGAACAACGCAUGAAGUGAAGCAAAGGAACGACAAAGAUGUAAACAUGAUCGCGUGGGCUGAUUCAGAGUAAACUGUAACGUAGCAACAGUGGGUUCCAAUUACAAAUGGACUAAACGAUACCUAAUUCAGGACUGGCCAGUGGAAUUUAAGCUUGAUACCGGUGCAGAUGUCAAUUGCAUUCCUGUUAGCGUGGUUACCCGUAUGAACUUACCGUUGUCGAAAGAGCGUACAUUUAAUGUUGUGGAUUAUAAUAAUAAUCGUAUACAAAUACACGGUCAGAUUCGUCUUACUUGUGUUGACGAAGAAACCAAAAACGCAUUAUCAGCUAAUUUCUUUGUUGUAGAUGACAAUCUUCAACCAAUAUUGGGAUUACAAACAUGUAUAGCAUUUGGAUUGCUGAAACGCUUGAAUAGUAUAGAAUCAUCUCAGUCUUAUCCAUCAGACAGAAAAACGUUCAUUGAUUCAAAUGCAGAUCUUUUUGAAGGCCUGGGAAACCUUCCAGGGAAAUGCACUAUAGCGCUUAAAGAAAACUCCACUCCCUCCUUGCACUACAAAAAGCGCAUACCAAUUAGCCUGCACUCUCGUUUAAAAGAUGAGCUUAAAAAUAUGGAAUCUUUAGGGAUUAUUAGUUCGGUUGAAUACCCUACAGAUUGGGUAAACAAUAUGCAAAUUGUCGAAAAACCUAAUGGUGCUUUACGUAUUUGUCUAGAUCCGAAACCAUUGAAUGAAUGUAUCAAAAGGGAUUUCUGACAUUUUCUUAUCCCAAAGUCAGAAGAUCUUCUAAGUCGUAUGACAGGAAAAAAAAUAUU